AUGGGUGCUGUUGGCCAGGGCUGGUGCAGCACCCUGACCCUGCGGCGCCUCAGCAGGCUCAUCAUCCGCAACGGGAACAACGUGGAGGCACCUCCGGUGUACGACUCCUACGAGGUGGAGUACCUGCCCAUCGAGGGGCUGCUCAGCACCGGGCGCCACUUCUUUGUGGAGCUCACCACCGACAGCAGCGGGGCCGCCGCAGGCAUGGCGCUGCGCUACGAGGCCUUCGAGCAGGGGCACUGCUACGAGCCCUUCGUCAAGUACGGGAACUUCACGGCCAGUGACCCCCAGUACCCCGUGGGCACCACAGUGGAGUUCAGCUGUGACCCUGGCUACACGCUGGAGCAAGGCUCCACCAUCAUCGAGUGCGUCGACCCCAGCGACCCGCAGUGGAACGAGACGGAGCCGGCGUGCCGCGCGGUGUGCAGCGGGGAGCUGACGGACGCAGCCGGCGUGGUGCUGUCGCCCAACUGGCCGGAGGCGUACGGCAAGGGCCAGGACUGCAUCUGGGGGCUGCACGUGGAGGAGGACAAGCGCGUCAUGCUGGAUGUCCGCGUGCUGCGGCUGGGCGCCGGGGACGUGCUCACCUUCUACGACGGCGACGACCUGACGGCGCGCAUCCUGGGCCAGUACACGGGCGCCCGCGGCCGCUUCAAGCUCUUCGCCUCCAGCGCCGAUGUCACCAUCCAGUUCCAGUCCGACCCCGGCGCCAGCGUCUUCGCCUACCGGCAGGGCUUCGUCAUCCACUUCUCUGAGGUGCCCCGCAACGACACGUGCCCCGAGCUGCCCGACAUCGCCAACGGCUGGAAGACGGCCUCGCAGCCCGAGCUGCUGCACGGCACCGUCGUCACCUUCCACUGCUACCCCGGCUUCGAGCUGGCCGGCACCGACCUGCUCAUGUGCCACUGGGACCUGACGUGGAGCGGCGACCUGCCCUCCUGCGAGCGGGUCACCACCUGCCGGGACCCCGGGGACGCCGAGCACAGCCGCAGGGUGGUCUCCAGCCCCAAAUUCCCGGUGGGGGCCACCGUGCGCUUCGUCUGCGACAAGGGCUACGUCCUGGCGGGCGCCGGGCUCCUCACCUGCCACGACCGCGCGUCGGGGGGACCCAAGUGGAGCGACCGCCUGCCCAAGUGCAUUCCGGAGGCGUACGAGCCCUGCCACAACCCCGGCGUGCCCGCGGGCGGGCGGCAGAGCCCCGAGCGGCGGCUGUACCCGGCGGGGGCCACGCUGCGCUUCUCCUGCGCCGCCGGCCGGGCGCUGCUGGGCGAGGGCAGCCUGCGCUGCCUGCCCGGGCACCCCUCGCGCUGGAGCGGCUCUCCUCCCAUCUGCAAGGCGGCCUCCUACGAUGAGUUUUACAGCAAUCGCAACCUGGACGCCGUGGCCAAGGCUGUGCCCUCGGGGCCGGCGCUGGAGGGCACCAACGUGGCCAUCGCCGUCUUCCUGCCCGUGCUGGUGGUGGCCCUGCUCAUCGGAGGCGUUUACCUCUACUUCUCCAAGCUCCAGGGGAAGCCGGCCCUGCAGCUGCCCCUCGCCGGCUCGCACCCCUACGACCACAUCACCGUGGAGUCGGCGUUCGACAACCCCACCUACGAGACCGGAGAGACGAGGGAAUACGAGGUGUCCAUCUAG